AUGUGCUGUUGUCCAAGCAGAGUUUGCAUGCUGUGCACUUGUUUGAUACUGGUGGUGGUUUUGGUGGGGCUUUUGUUUGGGUUUGGAGUGUUCAAGAAUGGCUUCCACAAGCUCAAAGAUACUGUGAAUUUCUGUGAUCCGAAUGUUCAUGGAUCCUAUUGUGGGUCUACUGGAAGACCCUUCUUGGGUUACACUGCACCUGCACCUUUCUAA